CCUGGCGCUCUCUCUCGCCGAGUGUGUCUUUUCAAGGCUUAGCAGGCGUCACGUGCUCAGCUACGACACCUUCGCAGCGAGAAAGUAACAAUAGCAAUCGUUCAUCCUGUUGAUCUUUCGUCUGUGUGUGGAGGAUAGGAUGGCGAGCACCUCCCCAGCAACCCGGGAUCUUCGUCGCAUCCAGUGCUGCCUCAGGACACACCAUGCCGCGUCGCCACUUGCCCAGCCCGCCAGCCCUCCGAAUUAUAAGGAAGCUCAGCCGACCCGCACAGCUGGCGGCAGACGAAAAACAGUCGAAUGGUCCUGCCCAUGGGAUGCGUCUGAGCGGCUGUCGGCGUGGCGCAGCCGGGUCCAUGAAUGCAUGAGGAGCGACCCCUCUUACCGGUCUUGUGAGGACUUUGUGGCGGGGCACUUCUUCGAGCUGUCGCCGAGCGAGGUCGUAGAGGUGUUCCGGCGGUUCGUCGAGAGCGACACAGAGUUUCUGCCUCUGGUGCUGCUGUGGCGGGUUAAGAGGAUCCUCCCGCACCUCACCGGGACGGAGCUGAUGCGACUCGUCGAGGCGGCGGUGCGGCUCCCUUACAGAGAGCACGACAGCAAGAGUAAGCAGACAGGCAGACAGACAGACAGACAGACAGACAACCAAUGCGCACCUACAUGGCAUGGACCUCUUGAUGCUCGUGUGUGUCUGUUUUGUGGUGUAGGUGAGGACAUCUUCACGAUGGUCAUCCCCUUCCUAAUCCCCCGGCUGCCGUCGCUCGCUCUGUGGGAGCUCAACACGGUGGCCUGGGCGUACGGGAGGGUGCGUGUGAGGCAUCUGCCGCUCUUCCAGGGCAUCAGCGAGGCCAUACUCCUGGCGCUGCAGAGGGAGGGCACCGUCAUGCGCUCUGAGGGGGCGGUGCUCAAAUUCUUCACUGCAUGCGGUGCGGUGGGCGAGCCAGACAGAUACACAGAAAUUAAACGCCACAUCCAUCCAUCCAUCAAUCUCUCUCAAUAAAUUUGUUGGGUGUGUGUCUGCAGGUCAGCUGCACAUGCGGCUUGUGCGUGAGAUGGACCGGCUGCUGACCCUGCUCAUGGGCCCCCUGCAGCGGUCUCAAUCCUUCACCGCCACCUCAUUCUUCGCUCAGUUCUGCACCAAAAUGGACUUCGAGAACCAUCCAUUCUUCCUCGCAGCACUCGACAAACUCACAGGUGCGUGGGCGGGCGGCAGACAACGGAAUGAAGCAAUGUCAAUCAAUGCCGGGAACGUGUGUGUGUCCGUGUGGGGGGCCACAGACUUCCCCUCUCUCGCCGAGCAUUGUCCGGUGCUCAGCAUCCAGCAGGUGGCCUUCGGACAGAUUCUCAUGCCCCUCACGUUUCGCCCCCACAUCCACUCGCAGCUCAAGGACAGACUGCUCGCCUCGCUGCUCGAGCACCUUGCUGUGACCUUCCCUCUCGAGCGGCCGCUCACCCACACCGAGCUGGAAGAGAAGAAGCCGCCCGCUGAUCGGCUGUCGCCUCACCUGCUGCGGCAGCUGCAGACUGUCGAGAUGGCUGUGAGGCUGGAGAGGCCUUUUGUGAUGGCCAAACUGUCACAGGUGCUAUAGGCGGGCAGAAGCCGACACGCCCGCGUCUUGGCUGGCUGCACCCAUUACAUGGGUCUUCGUGUGUGCGUGUUUUGUGUACCAACCGUUUUGGUUGCAGAGUGCGCGUCAGUAUCUGCUGAUGAUUCAGCAGGUGGGCCGACCCGACACAAAUCACAUGUCUUGUCUGUCCGCCACGUGGUGUGAUUGAUGUGUGACAGAGUGCGGUCGAGAAGCUGGAGCUGACGCGGGUCAGCUCCAAGCAGCACUACCAGGUGAAUAAUGAGUGAAUAAGACAUACAAGCUGGAGGGUCUCCUGGGCAUGGCAUGCACCUCUUUUGCUCUUUGUGACUGUCUGUCUGUCUGUGUGUGUAGGUCGAGUUGGCUCUGAAGGAUCUUGAGCUGCCAUACGCCAUGGAGGUGCUCCACACGCCGUACGAAAUCGGUAAAUAAGCAAACAAACGAACCGAAUGGAUGCUCAUCUCAUUCACCAUGCAAGUGCCAAUGUGGGGUUGGGUUGAGCUGCGCUGCCCCCUGUGUGUUUUUCUUUCCUGGCGCAUCGCAUCAAUCAGAUGUGGUGUUGCGGGGCAAGCUGGGUUACAAGAUGAUCGAAGUCGACGGCCCUCUGCACUUUGUCAACGACACGCACGCUUACCACAUCAAGACACAGCUCAAACACAGGCUCCUGGCCAAACUGGGUCAGAGAGGGAGGGAGUCACCGAACGUAGUGAACGAAUGUGCUGUGGGCAGACAGGUCAGCUGCUGUCGUGCGUCUGUGUGUGUGUGUGUGUCUAUGCAGGCUGGCAGGUGUACCACAUAGCAUGGGACGACUGGCCGGACAGAACGCACAACCGGUAGCCAUAUCCUCACAGGCGCAGACGAGAGCAGAGUCCACACAGAGUGCUGCUGGUUGUGUGAUGCUUGCUGGUGUGUCGUGAUGUGCAGGCAGGAGGCGCUUCGUCGUCUCUUGUUUGGCAGCUCCCCGCCGCCCGCCGAGCUGUCCUACUACACGCCGCUCUUUGUUGACCUGAGGGAGGCAGAACUGCCGGCAUAGCUAUGCAUAGCCAUGUAGAUGGAGAGGGCGUGGCAGCCGAGGGGAUGUGUGGAUCUAGCUAGCUGUGAAUAUUGAAGAGAGAGAGCGCCCCGUCUGGCUGCCUGGCCUGUGGUGGUCUGGCUAUGCAGCCGACUUUCCAGCCGGUGCGACGGAGGAGACAGGCCUUCUGCGGCUUGAUCAUGGCGUCGCUCGCUGGCGUCAUGUCUCGACCCGGUGUGCGCAAGGCAUCCGCUUUGCUGUGGCACCAUCGUGUGUCGAGCGCUGUGCGGCGGCUCUUCAAGACGUAGCUGGCGGCGCUCAGCCUGCCCGGCGCACCAAACACCAUCACCAUGGAUGGCUGGAUCAUCACCGUCGCCAGACGCACAUGAACAAUUCGCACACCUACUGGUGACGGAGGGGGGGGAGGGAGGGAGGGAAGGAGGGAGACAGAAAGGGGACCAGCAGCCCAUUCUGCGUUUGCGUGUGUGUGUUGUUCGGUAGCCGGAGAUACAUACCGACAGGUCGGCUGUAGGAGCAUUGGUUGCUCUGCGGGCAGGGCGGAGGGACACUGACUGUUGGAUGGAUGAGUGUCUUAUGUCCCUGUUGAGCGAAUCCUUCAGCCCGCCAUUUUCGGCACGUUUUGGGAAAUUUGCUGCAUGAGGCACUUCGAGUGAGUGUAGAGGGCA